GCCAUAUUUGAAAGUGAAAUACCUAAUGAGAGGAUUAUAGUAGCGCAAGCGCAGUGCACCUGACGCUGCAUCUGUCAAGAGGUUAUGUUUACAAAAGUGGUUAUGAAUACUUCAAACGAGUGUGGAAAUGUGACUGUGGAAAAAGCUACAAAUGGAAAGAAUCACUCAGUCUACAUAGAAGAAUGGAAUGUGGAAUUUUACCGAAAUUUCCCUGCAAUUUAUGCGGUAGAAGACCCUAUGAAGAAGCAGUGGGUCUGUUUUCAAUGUGGUAAGAGAUAUUCGUGGCGAGGAUCACUUCAAAAUCAUCGUCGUGUUGAGUGCCAAAAAGAACCAACCUUCACCUGCCCCGUAUGCUUACGAAGAUUUAAACAUAAGCAUAGAUGGCAGUCUCAUGCAAAAUGCAUGCAUAAAUUGGAUUUAAUUUAGACACUUAUGAGGAUUUGGACUUGUAUGCAGUGCGGUAAACAAUAUCAUUGGAAAGACUCACUAAGGAAACAUAUACGAUUGGAAUGUAUGAAAGAACCAUCUUUUUUUUGUCUUCAUUGUGGAAGAAAAUUUAAACAUAAACAUCGAU